AAUAUAUUCAAAGAGCGCCAGGAAGUGUUGAAUGGCGCUCCGGAUUGGAUACCAAGAUGCCAAGCAUGGGAAGAAGCGGCAGCUCUGCAGCUACAUGUCCUCCCAAGACCUCAAAUUACUGAAAAGAGAAUGCAUACUCAAAGGCUUUAUAGUGCUUUGAAGAUGGGGACUCCUGUGAUCCUUAAGAUCGUCUUGACUGAUGGCAGCUCUCAGAGGUUGACUCUUUCCCAUGGACUCCCUGCAUCCAUUGAUGACCUUAUGAUUGAAGUCAAGAAACAGUGUGGACUUCAGGGCAAUUUUCGACUUCAAUUUAUGGAUUCCUUGUUUGGAAAUGAGUUCCUCAACCUUACCUCAAUUUCAGAAGUAGAAGACAAAGGUACUCUUAGAGUCAUUGAUAUGGCAAUGCCCCCAACUUUGCCGUAUAAUAAUGAGAUGGGUUCUCCAGUCCUAAUACCCCAAGCAUUCAACCCUUUGUCUUCCUCUGUAAGUGACUCUUCGUCCCUCUCAGCUGAAUCUGUGGAUACAGAUGUACUGUCAUCGAGUGAGUCGACGAGCUCGCGGUCUUCUUGGCCAGCUGUUUUUCAUGUGCCUAAGUUCUCCUAUGAUGCUGAAUUAAAACUUCAGCAGGCAAGUUUAGCCUAUAUUCGAAACGGCACUGUACUGAUUCCAGAUCCCAAGUUGAAGUCAGCCAUCCUUGAUGGUUUAGUGCAGGAAAUUGUACAGUAUAAAGUUUAUGUCAGUGAUAAGGAGAUGGAACAGGUAGCCCAGAGUCUUAUCAAGACACAUCCAUGUUUAACUGAGAAGGGGUCCUGCAGUGGAUGUGGCGGAUGGAAGACCAGUUUAAAAUAUAAACUAUCUAACUACCGCACACACCUGAGAAAACUGGGUUGCCCAGAGGUAACAGUGAACUCUUUAAAAAACAAACCUGCAGGAAGAUGCAGUGCAGCCUUUGGUGUCAAAAAGGCAAAGAGAGCAGAGGUGAAUUUUUGCCCGACAUACCCAACAGCAGAAACUGAGGAGAGUCUUGAGGCCAUGCAGAAAGCUCUACUAUUAGAUGUAAAGAAGAGGAACAACAGGGAGGUUGUGAAACUCAAGAUGGAAAAGACUUUUGCACACAGAAGACAUGAAGUAGUUCGUGAUGGACCAACGGUGGAGGAUUUCAUGGCGAGGUGGCCUGCCCUAUUUGACGUCACUGAGAUCAACGCUGAAUUCAAGAGAAUCACCACCGUCCCACUUCAAUCCAAGUUCCUGUCUCAGCUGGAUCUCCACUCUGACAACCUGAUGAGGCUGUUCCAAAACAGAGGAGGACAGCUAGGGAAAAGGCUACAAAGAAUCAUUGCACAAAUGGCAGAUUGUGAUGAUGUAGAUACUGGACGAGAGUGUAUCAUUAAGGGAGUCUGUAUCUACAUGGGUGAAGAUCCAGAAAACCUUGUGCGGGAAUAUGUGAGUCUCUCAUUACUGGAGACAUUGGACCAAUGUGGACCCGUCAGAGGCCUCGGAGAGGAGUUCUGCUACACCGAUGGUAUUGAUUACUGGACGGACAAAUCCAUAUUGCUUGUACGACAGUUGUCAGUCAGUGUGGAGCAGACUGAACAGCGCUGGUUGCAGCAUGUGCUCCAG